UGUUUAUCACUGGAGCUCCGCCCCUCCCUACCUCCAGAGGGAUAGCGUCACCCCCUCAUGAAUAUUGAGAAGGCGCCUGAAUGGCGUUGCUGGUUUAGGGCGAGGAAGACAGAGAGGAAAAAAGAAAAUUACACCACAUCGCCAGGGCCUGCUUUAAUUAAUAUUCAUAAGGAGCCUCUGAAGGAGAGGCCGGCCCGGGUGGGAGGGAAAGAGGAGGCUGCCCGCCCGCUGCUACUGAUCAUCUCUCCUCCAGUCCCUAAUGGCGCUCGCGACAACGGCAGCAGCUGUACGGCGGCGGGGUUGAGCCGAAUGGAACGCGCAGACACCGACGGAAUGUUCGCAGUUGCUACAUAAUCCCGGUCCCCCUCCCCCUCUUGGAACGCGGCGUGUCCGUACGUUCUACAAUGGAACCUGCGCAGCAACCGCAGCAUGGAAGCCGAGAAGCGCCGGCCCCAGUGAUCGGAAAGGGGGAGCGGCCGGGUAACUCGGGCCAAGCAGCCCUCGGCACUGAAAGCGGCAACGGAGGAGGACCCAGCCCACUGGAAGGCGGCAAAGGAACAGCCGCCGUCGCAACAGCAGCAGCAGCAACAACGUUUGGAGCCGGAGGCCAGCAGCGGCGAAGGAAACGAGGGGCCGUCGCUGCUGGACCCGGCUGCGGCGCUCCACUCGCGCUGGCGGCCAACGGGACUCAAGCGGCAGCGGCCGCUGCUGUUGCUCCCGGCGGUGGGAGCAACAGCGGCGCCAACUCCUUACUGUUGCGGAGGGGGAGGCUGAAGAGGAACCUCUCGGCCGCUGCCUCGUCGUCUUCCUCCUCGGCUGCUCCAGCCGCUGCCUCGCUAGGUACCCGCAGCCUGGAUCGGAAAGCGCUGCUUUUGCUGCCCAAGCCGCCUCGGCAGCUCCAACCGCUCCAACCGCCGGAGCGGGACUGGGUGCGUCGGGACCUACAGCGGGGAUGCGUCCAUGUCUACUAUUACUACUACCAUCACCACCAUCACCACCAUCAGCAGCGGGGUGGUGGUGGUGGUGGCGGCGGCUACUACCUGCGCCCGGUGCUCUGCACCCUGGAGACUACCGCGGCCGAGGUGGCCUCUCGGCUGCUGCAGCUUGGACACCGGGGAGGGGGCAGCAACGCCGUCCGGGUCUUGGGUAAGGUGGCUGCGGCGGAGGCAGCGGCGGAGACUCGCCUCCCACAUGAAGAAGAGGAGGAGGAAGGGUUAGCAACAGAAGCGACCAUCGCCCCCGGGGGAACAGAAGAGGCGCUGGCCAACCCUGUGGCGGCUUCAGCCUCUCCAGCAGGCAGCCUGACUCCGAUCCCUGCCGGGAGAAGGCCGCGAGGUCGGCGAGGGAUCCAGAACGGGUUAGCUGGUGGGGAAGCGGCUCGGCCCGGGCUCCUGGCUCUAAGUAGCGGGGAGAGCGGCCGGGCAGGUGGCCGGCACAGCCUUUCGCCCGCCGAUUGUAGCCCCGGACGGGCCGUGCCACUGCCGCCGCCUCCUACCGAGCUCUACCUGUCGGGCCCACCGCUCUCCUGCCCGUCCCUCCUCGGGGGCUCCGAUACUGAGAGCUUUAGCCCCAGUGCCGAGAGCGCCUCGGACCGGCUGGAUCCCUACAGCGGGGGCGGCGGUUCCACGUCUUCCUCGGAGGAACUGGAGGCAGACCCCGUUUCACCGGUGGCCGAGGAAGAAGAGACAGAGUCUGUGUCUGGUAGGAACCAGCGUCACCGGCCUGGUGAUCUGCCGGCAGUUCACCCUGCGGACCCCUGGUUGGGGCGAGCUGCUGGGGAGUCUCCGGGAAAGGGGAAAGCGUUGGGGGUAGAUUCCGCCUCUCCGCAGCAGCCUCCGGCCUUGUACGUGCAACUCCAUGGGGAGACCGCCCGCAGAUUGGAGUCACACGAGAAGCCCUUGCAGAUCCAAAACGACUACCUCUCCCAGCUGGGCUUCCGGGACCUGUGGCGCGUGCAGGAGGAGGGCAUGGACUCGGAGACUGGCUGCCUCAUCCGCUUUUAUGCAGGAAAGCCCCACAGCGUUGGCAACUCUGAACGGAUUCAGCUCUCAGGAAUGUACAACGUUCGAAAAGGGAAAAUGCAUUUGCCAGUCAACAGAUGGACCAGACGCCAAGUUAUCCUUUGUGGGACGUGCCUAAUUGUAUCAUCAGUGAAAGAGAGCCAGACUGGAAAGAUGCAUGUGCUUCCCUUAAUCGGUGGAAAGGUUGAAGAAGUUAAAAAGCACCAGCACUGUUUAGCAUUUAGCUCUUCUGGACCUCAGAGUCAGAGUUACUACAUCUGUUUUGACACUUUCACUGAAUACCUGCGGUGGCUUCGGCAAGCUUCAAAGAUUGCGUCACAGCGAAUAAGCUCAGUGGAUCUCUCGUGUUGCAGCUUGGAGGACCUGCCUGCCAACCUUUUCUAUAGCCAGGACCUCACUCAUCUCAAUUUGAAGCAAAACUUCUUGAGGCUGAACCCUAGCUCAUCAAUAGCCAGAGGACCUAAUGAGCUACAAAGGUUCAGCAAACUGAGGAGCCUUAACCUUUCUAAUAAUCACUUAGGAGACUUCCCAUUGGCAGUAUGCAGCAUUCCAACCCUGACUGAGCUCAAUGUCUCCUGCAAUGCACUCAGAACUAUUCCGGCAGCCAUCGGUGAAAUGAACAAUUUACAAACCUUCUUGUUGGAUGGGAAUUUCCUCCAGAGCCUUCCUACUGAGUUAGAAAGAAUGCACCAGCUUAGCUAUCUGGGUCUGUCUUUCAAUGAAUUCAGUAACAUUCCAGAAGUGUUAGAGAAGUUGCCUGCCAUGGAUAAACUCUGUAUGUCAGGAAAUUGCAUGGAAAUGCUCAGCUUACAGACACUAAAGAGACUGCCACACAUUAAACAUAUAGAUCUAAGGUUAAAUGUAAUUAGGAGGUUGGUAGCAGAUGAAGUUGACUUCCUACAUCACGUGACCCAGCUAGACCUUCGGGACAAUAAAUUAGGCGAGCUUGACGCCACUGUCUUCAAUAAUGUUGAAAUUUUGCACUGUGAAAGAAACCAGCUGGUAACCCUCAAAAUCAGUGGAUACUUGCUUAAAGCCCUCUACGCCACUUCAAAUGAACUUGUUCAUCUUGAUGUGUAUCCAGUUCCAAACUAUCUGACGUAUAUGGAUGUUUCUAGAAACCACCUCGAGAGCCUUCCUGAUUGGGUUUGCGAUAGCAGGAAACUAGAAGUACUGGAUAUUGGCCACAAUCAAAUACGUGAACUGCCUGCCCGAUUAUUUUGCAACAUCAGCUUGCGGAAGUUGCUUGCAGGACACAAUCAAUUGGCAAGGCUACCAGAGAGGAUUGAACGGACACAUGUGGAAUUCCUAGAUAUGCAACACAACCUGCUUACGGAGCUGCCAUCGAAUUUACUACUGAAAGCUGACAGCUUGAGGUACCUGAAUGCUUCUGCCAACAAACUGGAAAUGCUGCCUCCAGCCACUCUUUCAGAAGAGACACACAGCAUUUUGCAGGAACUGUAUUUAACCAACAAUCACCUCACGGACAAAUGUGUGCCCUUGUUAACGGGCCAUCUGCACCUAAAGAUCCUGCACAUGGCCUAUAAUCGCCUACAGAGCUUCCCUGCAAGUAAAAUGGCCAAACUCGAGGAGUUGGAAGAAAUUGACGUGAGUGGAAAUAAGCUGAAAUCCAUUCCCACAACCAUCAUGAACUGUCGACGGAUGCAUACUGUGAUUGCGCACUCCAAUUGCAUUGAAGUCUUUCCAGAAGUCAUGCAACUUACUGAAAUCAAGUGUGUUGACCUGAGCUGUAAUGAGCUGACUGAAGUCAUGUUACCUGAAAACUUGCCUCCAAAGCUGCAAGAACUAGACUUGACUGGAAACCCCAGACUUGUCCUGGAUCACAAAACCCUGGAGCUAUUGAACAACAUCCGUUGUUUCAAAAUUGACCAACCAUCAGCUGGAGAUGCAUCUGGAGCCCCAGCAGUAUGGAGCCAUGGUUAUACUGAAGCAUCAGGAGUGAAGAACAAGCUGUGUGUGGCAGCUCUUUCUGCCAAUAACUUCUGUGACAACAGGGAGGCUCUCUAUGGAGUUUUUGAUGGAGACCGCAAUGUAGAAGUACCUUACCUACUGCAAUGUACUAUGAGUGACAUCUUGGCAGAGGAGCUUCAGAAGACCAAAAGUGAAGAGGAAUAUAUGAUCAAUACUUUCAUAGUAAUGCAGAGGAAACUCGGAACUGCUGGGCAGAAGUUGGGGGGUUCAGCUGUCCUUUGCCAUAUAAAGCAUGAUCCAAUAGACCCUGGUGGAUGCUUCACAUUAACCUCUGCAAAUGUGGGGAAGUGCCAAUCCGUUCUUUGCAGGAACGGGAAACCUCUGCCUUUGUCCAGGUCCUAUAUGAUGAGCUGUGAAGAGGAGCUGAAGAGGAUCAAGCAGCACAAGGCCAUUAUAACAGAAGAUGGCAAAGUGAAUGGUGUGACAGACUCAACAAGGAUCUUGGGAUACUCCUUCCUUCACCCAAGCGUGGUCCCUCGCCCUCAUGUCCAGUCCAUCACUUUGACUCCUCAGGAUGAGUUCUUCAUUCUGGGCAGCAAAGGCCUGUGGGACAGCCUGUCCAUUGAUGAAGCUGUGGAAGCGGUCAGGAAUGUGCCCGAUGCCCUGGGAGCUGCCAAGAAACUGUGCACCUUGGCUCAGAGUUACGGCUGCAACGACAGCCUCAGUGCUGUGGUGGUUCAGCUCAACGUAACCGAGGACAGCUUCUGCUGCUGUGAGCUGAACGGCAUCCCUCCUCCCAGCCCAGGCAUCUUCCCCCAGUCAGUCAAUGUCGUCAUUAAGGAUAAGCCUUCGGAUGCUUUGGGGAUGCCUUCCUCUAGUAGUGGAAUGGCCUCUGAGAUCAGCAGUGAGAUCUCAACCUCUGAAAUGAGCAGUGAGGUGGGGUCCACAGCCUCUGAUGAUCCCCCUCAGGUAACCAUGAACGAAAACAGCCCUGCCUACCCCAGUGAGCAGCGCUGCAUGCUCCAUCCAGUCUGCCUCUCCAGCUCGUUCCAAAGGCAGCUCUCCAGCGCCACAUUCUCCAGCGCCUUCUCAGACAAUGGCCUUGACAGCGAUGAUGAGGAGCCAAUUGAGGGUGUCUUUUCCAAUGGCAGCAGAGUAGAAGUGGAAGUGGAUAUUCACUGUGGCCGAGCAAAGGAGAAGCAGCUCCUGCUCCAGGCGCCGGUGGAAGCCAGCGAUGAAGGCAUUGUCAUUAGUGCAAAUGAAGAUGAGGCAUGCCUCCUUAGGAAGGUUGACCCUUCUGCCAUGGGUACCAUUGGGCGUCGCCGAGGCAAUGGCUCUGUGGCUCCUCAGGAGAGGAGCCAUAACCUAAUUGAAGUAGCAGCUGAUGCACCACUCAGAAAAACUGGGGGCUAUUUUGCAGCCCCAGCUCAGCCAGAUCCAGAUGACCAGUUCAUCAUCCCACCAGAACUGGAGGAAGAAGUCAAAGAAAUAAUGAAACAGCACCAUGAGCAGCAGCAGCAGCAACAGCAGCAGCAUCAACAGCGGCAAUACCAGAUGGACCAGCUGCCAGAUUAUUAUGAUACACCACUAUGACCAAGCUAACAAGACAUUGACAGUUGGAGCCUCCUUAGGUUUGUAUUACACUAGCAGGGUAGGGAAGAAAGAAAGUUUGUUCUACUUUCCCUUCCAGAUCGUGCUCCUCUACUGAGAACUGCAGCUGCUUCUUGUUCUGUUAGCUGUAAUAAUCACCAAUUCUCUUCUAGUGAUACUUCACCAGUUAGAAUUAAACUAGUUUAACUCUUCCCCCCCUUAACAUAUCAAAUGUAAAAAAAAAAAAAUUGGAGAAAAAAAUUAAAAUACAAAAGGUUUAAUAUAUUGCAGAGAAAAAUGAUGAUGAUGUUGAUGUAAUAUUUUUUAAAAUUAUUUUUUUGUUUGUUUUGGAAAACGGGCAGUAUUGCCAGUGCUAAAUGAUUAAGUAAUAUUGUAAUACUGUAUUUCUUUGAGAGAAAAAAAAAGGCUUUUUUGGUCUUGAAAAAUGGAUAGACAUUUGUAGAAUUAUGGAGACUAACUCCUAGGAGUUGCUUUUACUCUUUCAGGUGACUUUAAGUCACUGAGAUUCACUAAUUUUCUCUGAGAGAACAGCUGAUUGGGAAAUUCCUGUAAAUAACUCAGUGUUGUAUAGUGAUGCUUAAAAUGUUUUGUAGUCUCGGCAGGAGGAUGCAACUGAUAAACUGACAAUUUGUUUUCCCCAAGGGUGCUUUCACGUGUAUGUUAAAGCUCCCACUGGCAACUUUUGAUGCAACCAAACUUGGAGAUCAGAGCAGUCAUAAAUGCAAUGCUCUCCCAGUGGAUCAGCUGAUUGAAGUGUACGGACCCUGGUUGACCCAUUGUGUCUAUGCCACCAUGUUCAGUUGCCGUCUGCGUUGGCUGGGCCCAAGUCACCAAGGGUGCACAUGCUCACAUGUGAAAUUGUCCCAAGUUACUCUUGGGGCAGAGUGCGCCGCAUAAAAAUUUGUAGGAGCAGCUGUACAAGCUGCAUAGGAAUUUGACAGAUAUUGGGCCACAAACACCAGGGUUAUUUUUUUGUCUUUCUUCACUGUUAACAUUUGCAGGCACAUUUUUGCGUGUUCCUCCCUGCUGCCACAACCAGCAUGAUUGUAUAGAGUUCAUUUACUGUAGAUCAUUUACAUACCAAGAGUUAUAUUAAAGAAGAAUGCACAAAUGAACAUGUCAUAAUUUUUGUUAUAAUAAAUAUAAAAAUUUACAAAUAA